UCCUUCCGGCUUUGUUCCUCGUCCAAUUCCUUACGCUUCUCCCCUCUCCCCUUCCUCCCCCGGUCUUCCUUCUCGUCCGCCCUCCUGUUCUUCUCUCUCAGCCACCCCACCCCUUUGUUCCGACCGGCACACGCCCCAUGAUUGGCUGAGCCUCGCCGGCUCAGCGCCGCAAUUGGAUCGGCGUGGCAGACCGGCGCUGGGCUGCGCUGGUGAUGGAGGGAGCGCUGUUGAAAUGGACCAACUAUCUUUCAGGUUGGCAGCCACGAUAUUUUGUGUUAGAAAAUGGCAUCCUCUCCUAUUAUGACUCUCAGGAUGAUGUGGGCAAAGGCAGCAAAGGCAGCAUCAAGAUGGCUGUAUGUGAAAUCAAAGUGCAUGCAACAGAUUCCACUAGGAUGGAGUUGGUCAUCCCAGGUGAGCAGUACUUCUACUUGAAGGCAGGAGGUGCUGCUGAAAGACAGAAAUGGCUGGUGGCUUUGGGCAGUUCCAAGGCCUGCCUUGGGGAUAGCAGAAGCCAGAAGGAAAAAGAUCUGGACAUAAGCAACGAGUCCCUUGGGAGAAAACUGUCUGAACUGCGUCUAUACUGUGAUGUGCUGACACAGCAAGUGCUAGCUGUGCAGGAUGCAACACAACCUCAAGAGAAUGGUUCUCCUUUGGACAUCCAGAAGAUGAAUGAAGCUUCAUCCUUACUGCGGGCAACCUGCAGCCAGUUCAUCUCCACCCUAGAAGAAUGCAUGAAAUUUGCAAAUACUCGUUUGGCUCCUGAGCUGUACCAUCCUUCAACGAUCCCUGAGCCUUCUGAUUUUGUGGGCACUAAACUUCCACAUUCCCACCGGGUAAGACGCUCUAUGAGCCACACAGGCAUAGUUUUCUCAGACAGAGUGCUGGAGCCAGCUCGGAUCCCAGUGGUGCCUCCCAAGGGCACUGAGACUGUGCUGCGGAACUUGGAGGAGAUGGUGGUGUUCUGCUCACAGCAGUGGGGGCAACAGGGCUCCCAGUCUGGGAGUCCCCCUGGCACCAUAACUGAAGAAGCAGUCGGUAGGGGCCACCACCAGAUAACUGCAUGAGAUUGACCUGGGAGGGGAAAGGCGAUGAGUUGAUAAACCAUCGUUGGUCCAGGACUCUCCAGUGGACUCAGCUGGUGGUGACCAACCACUGUAACCUGGAUUUUUGGUGCUUUCUCAGCUCCUGGAACCAUUGGCUGCUCCUGAACUGAAACAGUCCAUCUGGGGUUCCUUCCUCUAUUUUAGGAAUUACUUGAGCCUUCUGGGUAUGGGCUCCUACAAGACUGGCAGGCACAAAUGGCCAGGUACCACAGGCAGCAUCAGUUCUGUUUUUCAGGCUUGUGCUUGCCAGGGGUUUGAGAAUGCAACCGUGUACUCCAAAAUAGAUGUUGGCAUCAGGGGGGUGGGCUGGGAAGCAGAAUAGGGGUCAGCUCUCCAGGCUGGGUUUGUAGGAAAGAAGAGAUGGCCCUCAAAACCAUAUGGGAUGUUUAGUCGUUUCAUACUGGGCAAGUUAAGCUAACUUUCUCCUGGUGCUCCCCCAAAUGUCUUACGUUGGCAUUUCAGCCAUUGAGGCGCUUGAGCCUGGAGACGUAUGGCCUGUUGCAGAUGCAGAACACAGUCUUCCCUCUAUCAGCAAUCCCCCCAGUGUUUGGUGUUCUGACCAUUGGAUGGGAGAGCUUUUUGGUCAGGAACUCAGUCUAGAUGCAAGCAGGGAAGAUCUCGCUGAGCUCCUUUUCCCAGUAGGAGCUUUUCCUCUCAGGCUAAGUCAGACGUCCCCACAGAGCUUGCUGUAGAGGAUGAAGGAGCCCCUUGGAGCUCAGCAGAAUGCUCUUGGGCUCUUUGGUGGAGCGGCGUGGAGCAAAUGCCCAAAGUAGUGGGGAAAGCAGCCUCUCUGGACACCUGAUCUGGACGCAGAGUUUGGUUCCCUCACAUAUCGGUCUCCUGCCUUUUGCACAAAGGAGAGGAGUCUUAGUCUUGUGGAUCGCCCGCCCGCUUUCUGUACAGACGCAUGGCAGCCUUGUGGGCAUCUGCGUGCGUCUCUGUUUGGAGCUUUCUCACAUGAAGAGCCUUGCCAAGGAUGAGACUCUAAUUUUGAAUGAAGACUUUAAUUUUGAAACAAA